CUGGCCCUUUUCUCUAGUCCGCUCCUUGUGUCUGGUGUGCUCGCUCCUCCAUCGCCUUCUCCCUCUCCCUCCACUGUGCUUUCGCACGCUGCCCGGUGACUGUGGCGUCCGCGACGGGCUGGGAGGCGGUGGCAGGGGACCGACGUCAUGGCCUCCUCUAAGCCCGUGGAGGCGGCAGUGGUCGCCGUGGCUGCGCCGGGCCCUGGGAGUGGAGUAGGCAGUGGCGGCGGGGCCGCGGGCCCCAGCCCGGGCGGCCUCCCGCGAUGGCAGGUGGCACUGGCGGUCGGGGCGCCCCUGUUGUUGGGCGCCGGUGCCAUGUACCUGUGGAGCCGACAGCGGAGGCGCCGGGAGACCGGGGGCCGGGGCGACGCCAGCGGCCUGAAGCGCAACAGUGAACGGAAGACCCCAGAGGGCCGGGCCAGCCCGGCUCUGGGCAGCGGACUUCCGGAAGCUUCGGGUGCCCACCUGGAACUGAACUCUCUUGAUAGAGCCCAAGCGGCCAAGAACAAAGGCAAUAAGUAUUUUAAAGCAGGAAAAUAUGACCAAGCUAUUCAAUGCUAUACUGAGGCUAUUAGUUUAUGCCCUACGGAGAAGAAUGUCGACCUUUCCACAUUUUAUCAAAACAGAGCUGCUGCCUUUGAACAGUUGCAAAAAUGGAAAGAAGUGGCACAGGAUUGUACAAAGGCUGUUGAACUGAAUCCCAAAUAUGUGAAAGCUCUCUUUAGACGUGCAAAAGCCCAUGAGAAGCUAGACAAUAAGAAGGAAUGUUUAGAAGAUGUCACUGCUGUGUGUAUAUUAGAAGGGUUCCAAAAUCAGCAAAGUAUGCUAUUAGCUGAUAAAGUACUUAAACUUCUUGGAAAAGAGAAAGCCAAAGAAAAAUAUAAGAACCGUGAACCUCUGAUGCCAUCUCCACAGUUUAUCAAAUCUUACUUCAGUUCUUUCACGGAUGAUAUAAUUUCUCAGCCCAUGCUUAAAGGAGAGAAGUCUGAUGAAGAUAAAGAUAAGGAGGGGGAAGCUUUAGAAGUAAAAGAAAAUUCUGGAUAUGUAAAAGCCAAACAGUACAUGGAAGAAGAAAACUAUGAUAAAAUCAUAAGUGAAUGCUCAAAAGAAAUAGAUACUCAAGGCAAAUACAUGGCAGAAGCAUUGUUGCUACGAGCCACCUUCUACCUGCUUAUUGGCAAUGCUAAUGCAGCCAAACCUGACUUAGAUAAGGUCAUCAGUUUGAAAGAAGCUAAUGUGAAGCUUCGAGCAAAUGCCCUCAUCAAAAGAGGCAGCAUGUACAUGCAACAGCAGCAGCCUUUGCUGUCUACUCAGGACUUUAAUAUGGCUGCUGACAUUGAUCCUCAGAAUGCAGAUGUGUAUCAUCACCGAGGACAGCUGAAAAUACUGCUUGAUCAAGUUGAAGAAGCAGUGGCAGAUUUUGAUGAAUGUAUUAGGUUAAGACCAGAAUCUGCUCUGGCACAAGCUCAGAAAUGUUUUGCACUGUAUCGCCAAGCUUAUACAGGAAACAAUUCUUCACAAAUCCAAGCAGCUAUGAAAGGAUUUGAAGAAGUCAUAAAGAAAUUUCCAAAGUGUGCUGAAGGCUAUGCACUAUAUGCCCAGGCACUAACAGAUCAACAACAAUUUGGUAAAGCUGAUGAAAUGUAUGAUAAGUGUAUUGAUUUGGAACCAGAUAAUGCCACAACUUAUGUUCAUAAAGGUUUACUUCAACUUCAAUGGAAACAAGAUUUGGAUAAAGGUUUGGAGCUUAUCAGCAAAGCUAUUGAAAUUGACAAUAAAUGUGAUUUCGCAUAUGAAACCAUGGGGACUAUUGAAGUCCAAAGAGGAAACAUGGAGAAAGCCAUUGAUAUGUUCAACAAAGCUAUUAACCUGGCCAAAUCAGAAAUGGAGAUGGCUCAUCUUUAUUCACUUUGUGAUGCAGCCCAUGCCCAGACAGAAGUUGCAAAGAAAUAUGGAUUAAAACCACCAACAUUAUAAAACCAGGAAAAAGGAAACUGACUCUUUUUAAAAGAAGCUUAUCUCCUCUUCAACUGAACCCUGAAGACACUGUCAUGAACCAUGUUGACUGGUGGAACUUAGUAUCCCCUUGUGGUGUUGUCAUUCAGUACAUCUCUUUCAUGUUUGUGUGUUGUGGACUUGGCUGUUGAAGAAAGUUUGCAGUCUUGCAGCUUUUAUUCCCUGUGCAAAAAUAAAGCUUAGAGCCUGUUAAAGGGAUGUUAAAAUAAAGUUUUAGAGUACAAAAGAUAAUUGGCCAUGCAAAUAAAAACUUUGAAUUGUUGAUUUUUUUUGAUGGGA